GCGGGGACGGCGGCGCCUGCCUCGCCCAAACGUUUCUCCUCACCCGGAAGCGUAUCGCCUGCUUCCGCAGCGGUGACGGUUGGUGGUGGGCUUUUUCCGGGCUCCCUUUUCCCGCUCCGCCACCGCGGCCCCCGGCGGGCGGAGGGUCAUCAUGAUUCUGCAUCAGAUCCUGCGACUUUCUUCCCUUUUUCGGUCUGCUGUCUCCAUUCACUUGCGCAGAAACAUCGGGCUUUCUGCUGUUGUCUUUAAUAAGGCAAAAGAGCUCGAUCCAGUUCAGAAGCUUUUCUUGGACAAGAUCCGAGAAUACAACACCAAGAGCAAGCAAGCUGGAGGGCCUGUUGAUACAGGCCCUGAGUUUCAGAAAGACGUGACUGAGUCCCUUGCUAGACUUCAACGGGCGUAUGGCGAGGGAGAUCUAACCAAGUUUCCAGAAUUUAAAUUUGAGGAGCCCAACUUUGAGGAGACUCCAAAGUGAUCUCUGCAGGUUGUACACCACAAAGCAGUGUACCUCAAUGGAGUUGUUGAACAUGACAGCAGUUGUAACUUAAUAAAUGCAAUGUUUCAGUUUGA